UUUUUCUUUAUUUUUCUUUCUUUUUCCUCCAUAGGUAUUUGGUAUUUGGGAAUUUUGGUUUUGAGGUGUGAGGGGGGUUUGACCAAAGGUGUUCAAUUUCCCCCCCAAUUUUUAACAUUUUGGUGGGAAAAGAUUGGAGUUCGAGGGUUUUUCAUGCGGCGUCGCGAUUCAAAUUCCUCCAUCGUCGUGGAUUUUAUCCGAAUGGGAUAUGGGAGAAUUUACUAGGACCAGUUGGCUUCAGGCAUUGAAGAAUUUAUUGUUUCAGUUAGUAGAAGUGUAGGUUGUGCUGUUGUUGGUCUUGAAUGGAGAGUUUAUACACGAAAAGACCAUUUGUGUGAGGAUAGGAGGCAGAUAAUGGAAUGCAAUAGAGAUGAGGCCCUUAGGGCAAAAGAAAUUGCUGAAAGAAAGUUCAGUGCGAAGGACAUUGUAGGUGCUAAAAAAUUUGCUCUGAAGGCCCAAAAUCUCUUUCCAUCACUUGAAGGUAUCAACCAGAUGAUUGCAACUUUUGAUGUUCAUCUUGCAGCACAAGUGAAGGUCAAUGGAGAAAAUGAUUGGUAUGCAAUUCUAUGUGUGAAUGCUUCAGCUGAUGAAGAGACUGUGAAGAAACAGUACAGGAAGCUAGCUCUCCAACUUCACCCGGAUAAAAACAAGUCAAUAGGUUCUGAAGGUGCUUUCAAGCUUAUUUCUGAAGCAUGGAGUGUUUUGUCUGAUAAGAGUAGAAAAAUUAUGUAUGAUGAGAAGAGGAACGGAAAAGGAUUCCAGCAGAAAGUUACUCAACCAAACAGAGAUCAUUCUGUUCCUAAUUCUUCCAAUGGUUUCUACAAUUUUUCCAAGAACACAACAUCCAGUAAAAGAGCUCGGAAGAGUAACAGUGGUGUGGCUCAAUCUGCUGUACCCCCCUCAUCUCAUCCAUCAAAACUCGAUACAUUUUGGACCUCAUGCAAUCGAUGCAGGAUGCAGUAUGAGUACCUCAGAGUGUACCUCAAUCACAACCUUCUAUGUCCCAACUGCCAUCAGGCCUUCUUGGCCAUUGAGAUCAGCGUUCCUACUAAUGCACCUAAUUCCUCUGUUUCUUAUUCAACUAAACGGCACCAACAGAAUUCAAAUCAUAAUUCUACAAUGAAGAAUGCUUAUGGUCAUGAGAAUAAUUCGACUUUUCCAGCAACAGGACACACAGGAUUCCAGUAUGGAGGAAAUGUUGACUCCUAUAGUAAUACAAACUUCCAAUGGGGUUCAUUUUCUAGUUCAGCUGGUGUUGCUAGCUCAACAGACUCUGCUGCUCGGGCUGCAGAUGUGAUUCAUCAGACAUUUGAGAAAAUAAGAAGAAAAUAUGAGGAAACACAAUCAACAAUUAGAUGUGAAGAGGUUCCUCGGAACAAGAAUUAUGUCUCAAAUAAUACUGUUGGUGGUUCUGGAAGUUAUAAUGCUAGUGCAAGUGGCAAUGCAUAUGAACAGGAGCGACCUACUUCUAAGGUUGGCAAAUCUGCAAAGAGAAGAAGAAAUAAUGGUGGCGAUGCUGGUGCAAAUCAUGGCAGAGAUGGAACAGAAAAAAUGGUGGCAGGCACUGGAAAAACUGGCGCUUCCGAACUGGAAAAGGCUAAUGGUGUUUACGUGGAUUAUGGUAAGGCCAGAGUGACUGCAAGGCAGAACAAUUUCAGCAGGGAGUACGUGCAAGUUGACAUUAGGAGUAUACUGAUGGAGAAGGUCAAAGUGGCAAUCAAUAAGAAGUUGGAAGAAUGGAACUUGGAUGCUGCAUCCAAACUGGCAGAGAAGGACAUGUCCAAGCAGAAACAAAACCAAAAUGAUAAUGAAAAUGUAGCAGAUAUGGUUGUUGGGGAUGCUGCUGAUCAGAACCAGUUAAAUGACUCCAGAAUUGGCAAAAAACAAAUUCCUGAUAUCAAGAGUUCCCCUAAUGACCGUAACGUAGAUUCUGAUAAAAAAGCUACCAAACCUAUAUCAAUUGAUGUUCCUGAUCCUGAUUUCAAUGAUUUUGACAAGGAUCGUACAGAAAGUUCUUUUGAAGGUGAUCAGGUAUGGGCUACUUAUGAUAAUGAAGAUGGUAUGCCUCGUCUAUAUGCUCUGGUUCAAAAAGUCAUCUCACAAAAGCCUUUUAAGAUUCGCAUGAGUUUUCUCAAUUCAAAGUCCAAUAGUGAAUUGGGUCCAUUAAACUGGGUUGCCUCUGGUUUUUCCAAGACAUGUGGAGAUUUUAGGGUGGGGAGAUAUGAAGUCAGUGAUACAGUCAAUAUAUUUUCUCACAGAGUUAGAUGGGAGAAAGGUCCUCGAGGUGUUAUCAGAAUUAUUCCUAGAAAAGGUGAUAUCUGGGCACUUUACAGAAACUGGUCUCCUGACUGGAAUGAGCGCACACCUGAUGAUGUUAUAUACAAGUAUGAGAUGGUGGAAGUACUUGAUGACUACAACGAGGAUCAAGGCGUGUCUGUCACCCCCUUACUGAAAGUAGCUGGUUUCAAAACAGUGUUCCAUCGACAUUUAGACCCAAAAGAGGUUAGAAGGAUCCCCAGAGGAGAGAUGUUUCGUUUUUCCCAUCAGGUUCCUUCUUAUUUGCUUACAGGUGAAGAAGCUCAUGAUGCUCCAAAAGGUUGCCAUGAACUGGACCCAGCAGCUACUCCAUUUGAACUUCUUCAAGUAAUUACAGAAGUUAAGGAAGAUGCGGUGAUGGAGACUGCUGAAUGACAGGCAUAUAGUUGAUUGUGGAGUCUAUAGGUGCAUUUGUUGACUUCCUAAUGUCAAACAUAUUGGACUUAUCCCAUUAUCCAACAUUCAUUGGGCUCAUUAGCUCUAUCAUGUCAUCAUUUUUUCUCUUUUGGCUGAUGACUUGGAUUAGGACACCAGGGUGAACUUCUUGUUUCACAAUCCUUUAUGAUAGUCAUCGUUGGGCAUCCCUAACCUCAAUCUUCUCUCAAAAUGGAGAUUACUUGGAUGAGAUUCUCAGGAAUUGGUUUGCAGAGACUUAAGAUUUUGAUGCCAGAGCCUCAUUAUGGUGUUUCCACCUUUUUAUGCUUCCCAAGGUGAAUGCCCUUUUUAAGUACUUGUUCCAGCUACUCGAUUUGCCAACACAGAUAAGAUUCCAGAUGUAUCCCUACCUUGUGUGUUCAUUUACUUGUUCUUAUGUAUUUCUUGGAGGCAUACGCCAUCUUUUCUAAUAUGUUUGAACUUCAUGAUUCUGAUUAAAGACUGAAAGCUCAUUCAGAUUUUAUGAUAAUAUCAAGUCACUGUUCUCAGUGGUGCUUUUAUU